GUUUAAUAAUAAAAUUGUAUAAUCAUGUGACUCAUUUUUUUUUUCAAAAUCAUUAUUUUAUUUCCCCUGGUGUUGUUAAAGUAGUUACUAUAAAAAGUAGUUCAAUAGAAAAAUAUAGAUAUCGAUGUCUACAUACGUCUCUGAAACCGGAGUUCUCGAUAUAAAAAUGACCGAAGCCGGGAACGGACUGCUGGUGAUGUACUUCUUCGCUACGUGGUCCGUACCCUGCCACGACAUGAACCCGAUCUACGAGGACCUGGCCGAGAAGCACAGGAACUGCAACUUCGUCAGGGUGGAUAUCGAGGAGGGGAGAGACCUUGCGGUUCAAUUCCACAUAACGAUUGUACCUUCCUUCAUCUUCUUCAUUGGAGGGAUGAAGCAGGAGGUUGUGGCAGGUGCGAGGCCUGAAUUGAUAGAGAAGAUCAUCGAUGGAUUCAAUAAAUCACUAUGAAAAACAUUUUUUUCAUUUUUAUUAUUUAUCAUUAUUAUGUUUUCCCAGUCCGCUGGUGUUCCUCAAGGUAGUAUC